AUGCCUUCGACACCAGUCUACAUCGCAGCUACGGCUGUUGUCGUGAUCGGAAUCUUCGCCGGUUACAUUGCUGUCUUUGGCAUACCGAAGGAGUACAAGCGUGCCAUGGAGGAGAAGGCUCUCGAGACAAUGGGCGAGAACAAGGCGUCGUACUUGACUAAAGAUGCGCUUAACAAGGUACCGGACUCCGAUCAGGAGGACGUCAAGGACCUGAAGCAAACUGGAAGCAACGCGGCCGGUGGUGCGCUCCAGAACCCCCUUGGAAAGCUAGCUGGCAACACGGCGGACGAUGCGACGAAGGACUUCACUGGUCGUUGA